UGUGUGUGUGUGUGUGUUUAGAACAGUCUGUGUCAUUAUGAGAAGACCAGAGUGUUAAAGUGCUAUUUCAGACUAGUGAUGCUGAAAUCAGUGAUGUCAUGGUUACCAGUGUAAGCACUGGAUGUGUUGCUGGAGAGAGGAUGAGAUCACAUGGAUGACAUCAUCACACCGGACAGAACAGCCUUUAUGCACACAGUGUGACACUGAGGGUCUUCUGCCACGUGCCCUAUUGUGUCUCCUACAAUGCCCUGUCAGAUCUCACUGCUGCUCCAUGACCAUACUGCUGUCCUGCAGCCCUGAAAGCCUUCUGUGUGUGUGUGUGUGUGUGUGUGUGUGUGUGUGUGUGUGUGUGUGUGUGUGUGUGUGUGUGUGUGUGUGUGUGGUCACUGUUCAUGGACCAAGAGAUAGAGACAGUGACAUAUAUCAUGGAUGGUCCAGAAGCAGGAUCAGAUGCGUGUUAACUCUGAAUUUAAACUAAUAAAUAAUUCAGCUUAUAUUAUAUAAAGUGCAUUUAAUUUUUAUUAGAUUUAAUAUAUAAAAUUUAGUUGAAACACUUCACUAUAUGGAUAAAAUCCGAACGUGUGGAAAUGUCUUGGAUUCUAAGGAGGAGGACACGGACUGGAACCAAUGGUUAAUCUGAAGAUAGAACAUCAGGAGCGUAGAAGGAAGAGAGUUUUGUGAGGGAUCGACUUGCUAUAAUUCUGAGGUGUGUGAGCCUGUGAGAAGAUGUCUGGCCUCAUGUUCCUGCAGCAGGAUGUUGAGGAUCAGGUGGAGCUGUGGUGGUUUGGUGAGCCGUGCAUCUCUCUGCUCUGCUACACCUCGUCCGUUGUCCUGGUGCUCGGCCUCGGGACAGGCGGCGUGGUGCUCCUGUCUUCAGCCGGCUCCGCAGAACCUUCCUCGGCUGUAUGGCGCCUGGUUGUGGGCUCCACCCUGUGUAUCCUGGCCCUCGUACUUGUGCUCAAGCAGCUACUUAGCUCGGCUGUGCAGGACAUGGGCUGUGUGCGCAGUCGGAGGCGCAUUGCUCAGCUGCGCAGCGGUGGAAGUUCGGAUCCCUCUCUGCUGCUAGCUGUCGGCUUGGCGCUGAUGCUCGGCGGUGCCACGGUGCUGCUGUGCCUGGCCUCGUCACACAUGCUGCUCACAGGAACACUCCUCCUGACUUGUGGUGCCGUCGUGGUGCUGAGUGUGGCGGCAUACGCAACGAUGAAGUAUGUAUGGGAACAAAGAGAAAGGAGGAGGAGGAGGAUCCGGAGAAGGGUGAGGGUUUAUACCGUAGGAGGACAGACGAGUCACGUGUGGAGAGACUCUGCUUCCAGUCAAGUCGGUCUGAUAUGAACGGACAUUCACACAGUUUCUUAUCAUGUUGUCUUAUCAACACACCAGAGCAAACACAUGAAGAGAUCAGUGACAGGAUUUCACCCACACAGCUGAGCGUCCUGUUGGUGUCCUCGUCCUGCCUGGGUUCGUCUACCUCUCACUGCAGCAGCUCUGAGCGUCAUGCCACAUUGUUAGUGGGACAGAGACGGACAUGUACAGUAUCUGUUACUGUCAGCGUUUCUGCCUGGAAUCAGUGAGAAAUAUGUGCUGUUGAUAUAUUAACACUCUCAUUUAUGUAAGUUAUUUAGUUAAACUUUGCUGCUCGAUAGAAUAACGUGGACAAUAAACUGGGGCACGUUUCAGACGUCUGCUAAUGAAGGGUGAUGUUUAAUAUGUAAGCGUUUCGGUCCUAAUAAAACAGACAGACUUGUAACUGGAAGGUUCUGAGUUCAGUCCCAGGACCUCCAGGGCUCUAUAAUGAGAUAAAUCUGCCAAAUGGUGUGAUUAUAACAUGUUUGUGGCCAAUCCCAAUUCAGCAGCAGUGUGUAAUGAGCUCUGUUAUUAUGUGUAAUUACACUUGUAGGUGAUCAGA